UCUACUUGUACGGUCCUCCUAUUCGUUCUCAAGGGCGGCCAUGGUCGUCUGCUUCGUCAUUUAUUCCUGUGAAAUCAAGAAUUGAAUAUCAACAAGCUUGUACAAGUACUAGCUCUUCUUCCUCCAUUCAGGCAGAUAUAUGAGUUGUUUCUUCACUACUUUCUGAAGAUAAUUUUCUGUUUCCCUCCUGUGGUGGGAUCUUUUUUCCCCAAGCUCAUAAACUCAUCGCGACUUCUCAUCUCGUGUCCUUUUUCUAUCGUCGCUACAGAAUGAUGACCAUGUGAUUUUCCUCUGCCUUCAUUCUGCUUUCAUUUUAAGUAUUUCGACGCGAAAAUCAUCACUCAAUGCAACUGCAGGCAUGACCUUAAGCAAGACAGGGCCCACUACUCCAGUUAAUCCCUCUUCGUAGUGGUGAACAAAAAGUAUCCCGAUGCCGGACGCGGACCAGCACCACGAGCGAGUUGAUACUGGGCACCAGGAGCCUACGCCUAGGAGAAGCUGUGUGGUGGAGGAACAAAUGAUAGGUGUCUCGGCCCCGCCCACCUCGGCCUCGUCCGCACAACUACCGGAUUACAAUAGCAGAAAGCUGCAUCAGGCUGCGCUAGGAGAGCGAGGAGACCUCGUCCUAGUACCAGGCAAACAGCAGCAGAAUACAGAACCAAGUACUACUAACGACUGCUCUACUGCAAAUAUUAAACCGGUAACUUCCACUACUAUCGCGGCAUCCUGGCUAGGUCACGGUUUUUUCGGUCGGUUGACUUACGCGCCGAAGAACCAGGUUCUUCGUGACUCAGAUUCAGAACCACCUGCAAAAAGUAGAAGUUCUGAGAGGCCGACGAUGGAUGAACAAGGAAGCUUGUUGCGCGGAACUACGAAUACUAGUUGUGGUGCGGGUCUUGUUCUUCGCCCCGUUUGUCCUCCUUCAAAUCAGAGCCUUUUGACGAGAAGCCAUCUGGCCGUGCUGCCAAAGGACGUCGAAACAAGCGCAGGACUAGGAAUUUCACGACCCUUGUUGCCACGACCUCCUGUACAUCAUGAUGUAGUUGAAGAAGUUACAGAUUUGUCUUCUAGCAGAGGGACAAGAAGGGGAAGAACACCAGUUGCGAUAGAAGAGCAAGAAGUUGUUCCCGGUCACGACGCUUGUGCUCUCUCAAAACGGUCCUCCUCGUCUUCUUCCUCUAGCAGCGCCUCGUUCUCGUCCGACGGCGGUACUCACGAAGACAUUGAGGAGAAGGCGCAAAGUACUUCUAGGGCUCUUCUUCCUGACCACGACCGUUACGUUCCUCGACGGCCACAAGUAAAUUCGUUGCAGAUGAGUGGAGAAGCAGAGAACAAUGCGGCGUCUUCUACCGUUGUCCUUCCAUUCAUUUCACCUAGUACAGCAACAGCAUUCAAGAAGUAUGACUUGCAGACUGGUGGUGCACGAGAAAUUGUGCCAGAUGAUCUAAAGCAACAUGAUCGUCUGCACGCGCAAGGAGCAGAAGUGCAGCUUCUUGAGGUGGAGCAGCAGAGUUACCUGGUAUCGCAGAACGAAGAAGCAGAGCAUAACUGUUUGGCAGAAAGGGUAACAGAUAAAACCUUGAGGAGCUCGUCAGCACUGUCAGUUGCACCACGCGCUGGUGUCCUCGAAGACCUCGUGCAUGUGGAGAUGAAAACUACCCGGAAGAUGAUGGAAAGUCACGCCACAUCAAGCACCCCACGACCUGCUGCUUUGAAGAUAACCAGAGACUUUGGGACGCAGACGGAACACACACAAGGACUACUUUCGGGGUCCUCCUCUGCACUUGCGCACUGGUUUUUCACCUGGCACGAGCGAAAGCGGCUCUUUUGGCUACUGUUGCACCAGAAGUACUGGUUGAUCCUGUGGAAAGAUAAGUGCCACAGCGAAAACACGAAAACGGGGACUCCGCUGAUCGACUUGCUCCUUAUGGGUGUCGCGUAUCUGUUCAAAUAUUACCCGAGACAGAUGAUUGCCUGUUGCCUGCCGCGUGCCCGGUGCCGGCGGCGGCGGCGGAAGUGCAGAGCGGCGCGGCAGGCGUUCGCCGACAAUUGGCGGCCGGCGCUGAUCCGGUUUCUGGCCGAGCUGGACUUGCCCGUGCACGACUUUCCGGAAGACUUUUUCGACUUCUCCGGGUGGCGCACCUGCUUUGCGAGGCACCAGCGGGCGAUUUUGCUCGAGUCCUUUGUGUACUUCGUGUCGAUCUUCGGGGGCGGCUCUUGCGCGGCGAUGUUCUUUUACAUGUACGGGCCAAGGGGGGCCUUAGGAGUCGGCUUCGCGGUCACGGUCGGGCUUCUGGUGGGCUUUGUGCUGGCGUACUUCCUCGUGGUGUUUCUCUACCGCUUCUGGGUCCUCUGCAUCCUCCACUGCCUCGGCCGGGACAUCGUCCCGCCGCAGCUCAGCACACCCGCGUUCCUACUGCACUUCUUCGGCUGCUCGUGAGGACGCUGCGGGGGUCGUGAAGAUUACUUGUCUCCUCGAGAGGGAGCAGGCAGGAGCAGGACCAAACGGUUUCCAUCGAUUUCUUGAUCUCAGUACUCUGGGUGAAAUUCUGGUACUUUUUUCCACUAUGAUAUGGAAAAAGUUCCUCACAUAAUUAUUCAGUACACUCUUUCCCGGGAUGCUCCUGUUGUCAUUUUUCAUGUUCAUAUCAUAUUUGGGAAUCAAUAAGUUGUACCAUCGCCAUCACGGCAUAGUAGCAGAGGCAGUAUCUUCUAUUUCAGUACUUACUCGCAUAGGAAAGUCGUGUCAUCUAGUGCAGCAGCACUUUUUGGUAAUAAGUAGUCUCCACCUUGUAGUACUAUCAUCACCUUGUAGUAAUAACAGCGAGAUCUUCCACCUCAUCUUGCGCUUGAUAUUCAUUUUCAUCCUUUUCCUGUUGCACCAGCCCGCUUGAAGUUUUCAAACCGCGCUUUCACAUGACUCCAACAUGUUUCUUCAUGAAGAAGUGUUUGCAAGGAAUCAUGCCUGUGGACGAUGUUGCUCUCAGCGUUUGCGUCGAUGCGAGAU